AUUGCUAAGGAGGGGAAAGAAAGGCUGUAUAUAUUUUCUUAUUCCUACGUUCUUCGCUUCUCGUCCAUUCGUGUUGUUUCCAUCUUGAAGUAAUUGGUUCGACGACGAAGUGGCAAUUGGGGUUAUCACGAGCUGAAUGCUGUGACGCCAUUUACCCCGCCAUACCAAGAAUACAUUACCUAUUUGUACCGUAGCUCGGAUAUAGAAGGCCCGGUCUCCCGUGGUGGCACAAAAGUCUUUUCUGGAGUUAGAAGAGGGAGAUUGAGAAGUGUUUAGUUUUUUGGACGAGAAGGAAAGGAGAGAAGAUGUCGUUGUUGCAUAGAGUGACUUCUUACGAGUCGCUUUCUCCUCCGAGAGGAAGGUCGCCUGUGGGAUCGCAUGAAAAUCCUAGGGAUCGAAAGCUUUCUUUCAGUCCUUUGCCUGGAUCGUGGGACCCUCCUGCUGCUGAAGAGCAUACGCAUGCCAUUGGGGCCUUUGAAGUUCCAAAGUCAAAGAGGAUAUUACAAGUCGCAAUUUCUGUCUUCUACUGCCUGUUUGCAGCCGGUAUCGUCUUUGGUUACGCUGCUAUCAAACCAGUCCUCAUCCGCGAACGUGUGUACAGAGACUAUUGCACGAAAGACGAGCUCGAACGAGGCGUGCGAACAUGCUUCGACCAAGAAAUACACCUGAACUUGAUGUUCACAAUUGCUGCUGUCGGAACGAAUGUGGCAGCUCUGCCCAUCGGAGCUAUACUCGAUCACUUCGGCCCUAGACUGUGCGGCAUACUUGGAAGCUUUCUACUUGCUAUAGGGGCUGUGUUCUUCUCGUUCGCAUAUAAACUUCCCUUCGAUGGUUAUAUACCCGGAUACCUUUUCCUGGCUUUAGGAGGACCCUUCAUAUUCAUCUCCUCCUUCCAAUUAUCCAACACAUUCCCCAAACACUCAGGACUUAUCCUAGCUCUACUCACAGGAGCAUUCGAUUCCUCCAGCGCCAUCUUCCUCCUAUACCGCAUGCUCUACCAAUGGAGCAACAACACCUUCACCCCGCACAAAUUCUUCCUCCUCUACCUCAUCGUCCCGGCCUUCAUCCUCCUCGUCCAAAUCCUCAUCAUGCCCCAAUCCUCCUACAAAACCGUCGGCGAACUCGUCCGCCAAGUCGAAGACACAACCGACGACAACGUCCUCGACGACCAAAUGGACGAACACACCGCCCUCCUCCGCGACGAAAGAAGACAACACCGCCAAUCCAUCGUCUCAGACAUUACCUCCCUGCUCGGCUCCAAAUCCGGCGCCAAACACCUGCAGAAAGAGGAAGUCAAGAACCGCAUCUCCGGCGUCUGGGGCGCUAUGCACGGUAAAACAGUACGGCAACAGAUCACUUCUCCAUGGUUUAUCCUCGUUACGCUAUUUACCGUCAUCCAAAUGACGCGCAUAAACUACUUUGUCGCUACCAUCCGUCCGCAAUACGAAUACCUGCUCUCCUCAUUCACCAAAGCCGUGGAAAUCAACACCUUUUUCGACAUCGCGCUCCCACUUGGUGGAAUUCUGUCGAUCCCUUUUAUAGGCUUGAUACUAGACAAUACCUCUACGCUAACUGUUCUCUCGCUCCUGGUUACUAUCGCAACAACAAUCGGGAUCCUAGGCUGCCUUCCCUAUACCUGGGCCGCGUACGCGAACGUCUGUCUCUUCGUCCUCUAUCGCCCCUUCUACUAUACCGCCGUAUCGGACUAUUCCGCCAAGGUGUUCGGGUUCCGGACGUUUGGCACUGUGUACGGGUUUAUUAUCUGUCUUGCUGGUCUGUUUAAUUUUACUCAGAGUGGACUAGAUGCCCUAUUACAUAAAGUAUGCAAGGGAAAUCCAGUCCCAGUUAACGUAGGACUAUUGAGCGCCGCUGCAGUGGUGGGCAUCGCGUUAUGUGUUUUUGUGGGGUGGAAAGCGUAUUAUUUCAGGAGAGACCGGUUGGAAGAGGAGGCUGAGCAUGCGGGGGAGACGCUUAUGCCUGGGGCUAGGAUGCCUGAGGGUUUGUAAAUAGGUGGAGGGACUGUAGUAUGUUUUGAGCGGUUGGUGGCGGUUGGGUGGCUAUAUAUCCUGUUGCAAGUUCGGCAUAGCAGGGCGUUGGUUGGGAAAACUUCUUUGCGGGUCAUCAGGUCGAGUUGGGUAUCAUCCUUUUUUGUAUUGAAGAUAAUCUAGCAAUUUCGAACAUUGACAUCUAGACUCUGGUC